AUGGAUUUCGAGGUUAAAGGAGUUGCUGCUUCUCCUAGGUGUCAAACUCAGUCAUUCUCUGGAAGAAAGAAGCCACGACAACAAGGAUGGACUUCCAAAUCCCGGGCAAUCCAGAAUUCUUGCCUCCCUGUGGUCCCACGACUUGAUUUGGGAAGCCUUGUUGACUCUGAUGAGGAGGAUGAUUUUUCAUGUAUUCCACUUAGUACAGCGCAUAUUUAUUUUGACCCACCAAAUUCGUCUUCUGCUCUUGAUUGGGUCACACCAUGUCAAAUACCAUAUACUCAGCAUCAUCUAAAUGAACUGGAGCAGGACAUUAUACCUGAAGAUUUGCCAGCACCAACAGGCAAAUAUAGGCUAAAAUAUCAGCAAUACAAAACUGAAAUGAAAGAGGCAUAUAAACAGUAUAGUCAGAGAAAUGCAGAAAGGACAAAAUCAAAUAUCACACAUCAAACAUCUCCAAGAGACAAGAUAGAAGACAAGUGUGCCCCAGGGGAAGCAGCAGUGACGGGUGACCUUACGACCCUGGACAGGAAAGCCCUCUUACAGCAGUGCUUCGCAGCCAGCCCUCGCCGCGUUCCGCAGAGUACCGGAAAAUCUGACGCUGAAAUUGUGGCCGCCGAGAAGAAGAAACAGAUUGUUGCAGAGCAAGUGAUGAUAGACCUCCUGUCCAGGAUAAGAACGCAUUCUACGUUAACUGAAAAUAUGCUUUCUCAUAAAGUGCAAUUUGAGGGUAGGAUCAUAUCAAGAAACAGCCGUGAUGCUUGCAGAGAGCUGGUCGGGUUCUUUUUUAUUCAUGACCAGUCCCUUACAAUUUAUGAAUAUCGGCAAUUUGGGAAAAAGAGAACAAAUGUGCUUCCUUUUAUUCAAAAAAACAUCUAUAGUCAUCAGCGUGGACGAAGAAAAGGAAAACAAUACCACCUUGGUGAUUUUUAUAUCGGUGCAAACUUGACAUUUUUAAGUUCUGAUCAUCCCAGACUUCCAGAAAGCAUAAAAGAAAACACACUACUUAUACUACGAAUCACAAAUGUUGAUCAGAAAGCUUUGGAAAUUCUCAGAACUAAUUCCGUGGGACAUGAGGGUGAUAUAACCAGUCAAGAAGCCAAUGAUAGGCUGAUCUUUCAAGCCAUUCAAGAUAAACUAAAAGAACAGCUACAUAAAAAAGGUGUCCGCAUUUUGACUGGAUUGGGAAAAUACUUUCGACAAUUGGACAAGGAAGGAAAUGGACUCUUAGCUAAAGCAGAUUUUAAGCAAGCUCUAAAAGUCUUUCACUUAGAAUUGUCUGAAGAGGAUUUUGAGUCUUCAUGGCUAAUUCUGAACGACAGUGGUGAUGGCAGGGUUGAUUAUGGAGAAUUCAGACGUGCUGUUAUAGGCGAAAUGAAUGAAUACAGGAAAUCAUUUGUCCGAAAGGCCUUUAUGAAAUUGGAUUUCAACAAAACAGGCAGUGUGCCUAUUAUAGACAUAAGAAAAUGUUAUUGUGCAAAGAAGCAUCCUCAAGUAAUUUCAGGUCAUUCCACAGAGGAAGAAAUCAAAUUAUCUUUUCUAGAAACACUAAAAGAUGCCUGCAGCAAGUCCGAUGAAGUGUCAUAUGGGGAAUUUGAAGAUUACUAUGAAGGUCUAAGUAUUGGAGUAGUAGAUGAUGAAGAUUAUGUUACUAUUUUACGUACUCCAUGGGGGAUUUAG